AUGCGACAGCCUCCUGGGUUUAUCAGUACUGACCAUCCCCAACGAGUCUGCCGUCUUCACAAGAGUCUGUAUGGUCUCAAGCAGGCACCUUUGUGCUGGAACCACACCAUUGAUCAGGUCCUUGUUCAAGCGAAUUUCACCCGCGUUAAAAGUGAUUAUGGCAUUUACGUGUCUCACUCCUCUCCUCCUACCUAUGUUGCUCUAUAUGUCGAUGACCUUCUUAUCUUGUCGAAGUCGCUUACUCAGAUUAAGUCUGUCCAAUCCCUUUUGUCCUCCAAAUUCCAGAUGAAAGAUCUUGGUCCUGUCACCACGUUCCUGGGUCUCAAUAUUCGCCAGACUCCUCAGUCGGUUACUCUGUCUUUUUCUUCAUAUCUGACCUCUAUCCUCCAGGACUUUGGUCUUGAUACCUGCAAUUCGGUAACUACGGUGUCUACUACAACUGAGUGGAUAUCUGACCAUGAUGUUCCUCUGGCUGAUCCUACCCUCUUUCGCAGCAUGGUGGGGAAGUUGUUAUUUGCUGCAAACACGGAUCGACCAGACAUCACUUUUACUGUUGUAAAACUUAGCAGAUAUUUUAAACAGCCGAGUCAAAAUCAUCUCAAUAUCGCAAAGCCUGUGUUGAGAUACUUGAAAGGAACUAUAAAUGAUGGCAUUACCUACACUCAUACAUCAGGUGUUGAGCUAAAAGGUUUCUGUGAUGCUGACUGGGGAGGGAUUUUAGAAGACAGAACAUCUACAACUGGAUACAUCUUCAUGCUAGCAAAUGGUCCUAUUUCAUGGAAAUCCAAGAAACAAAACUCAAUAGCAACAUCCACCACUGAAGCUGAAUAUAUGGCAAUGAGUGAUGCUGUAAAAGAGUUAUUGUGGCUUAAACAAUUGAUGAAGGAAUUAUCUGUUUUGGGAUCAUAUGUUCCUAUAUUGUUUGGUGACAAUACUAGUUCAAUAUCCUUAGCAAAACACCCCACUCAACAUCAACGCACUAAACAUAUAGAUAUACGCUAUCAUUUUAUCAGAGAUCAUAUCCUAAAGGGAGACCUACAAAUUGAACACGUUGACAGUCAGUCAAAUAUUGCCGACCUACUUACUAAGCAGUUAGUCAGAGAAAAACUUAACUCCCUAAAGAAGAAAAUGCAUUUUGCAAAGAUCUGA